AUGAACGGCUCCACGCGACCGUCUUUUGACCCCUCGCGCCUUACCAAAGCUGCUGCGGCCGAAUACUCUUCAUCAGCAUCCGAAUCAGAAGAUGAGCACCUCGCACCGGGUCUUGAUGCCGACAACGACUUUGGCGAUUUCAACCCUCGAAAGAGACGUCGCGUUGGCGGAAAUAACAAGGAGAAGGCUGCACUUGGCAUUUUUGGCUCCGACAGCGAGGACGAUGGCCCUGCAAAGAAAUGGAAGAGGACAACCUUGAGAAACAAAGGUAUGAAUUUUGUCUCAACUGGUGCAGGCAGCGAAAAGGAAGACGACGACCAAGACUCCGACAACAAUCGCCCAAUGCUCGGGGGCAGCGCAAUGGAUCAAGACGAGGAUGAGGACGAAGAAGAAGAUGAAGGAAAUACCCAUGGAAUAGGUCUUGGUUUCGGAGGCGCUGCACGCGGCUUUGUGCAGAACAAUACCCAGAACUCAAGUCGAAGCGCGAGUGCCGAAGCACCAUCUCGACCAGCUUUUCGAGCUCGGUUCGACGGAAAGAAUCCUCUCGGCAUGGGCUUUGUCCCCUCCUCAGCAAACGACCCGGUACUCAAAAACCCACGCGACGAUGGUUCACCGACACCUCGCAACAAACCACAGCCCAGCGCUUUCGGCGCAAAGGGUAAAACCAACCCAAAGUCUUUCGGAGCCCGUAUGAUGGCAAAGAUGGGUUACCAGGAGGGGCAAGGUCUAGGCAGAGAGGGCCAAGGUCGAAACGUCAUUAUUGAGGCGAACCUAAGACCACAGGGCAUCGGUUUGGGUGCUGUGAAGGAGAAAUCUGAGCAAGAAAGAAAGGAGGAAAAGCGGCAGGCCAAAUUACGGGGAGAAGAGGUGGUGGAUUCGGAUGAAGAAGAGAAGAAAAGGCGGAAGAAGGCAAAGAAGAAGUCUAUUGGAGCUGCUUUCGAUAGCGCGACAAGUACACCUCGACGCCAGAAACCGAAAUAUCUCACAGCGGAGGAGCUCAAGGCUGCUGCUCCAGGUCUACAUAUCCCGGAUGCGUUUGCCCCUAUUCUGGACAUGACAGGACCCGGCAGUAAAAUGCUUACAUCAACGAGUGGUAUCAUGACACCAACAACAGGUACCGCUACACCAGAGUCGACAGAAGUGAUUGAGGCAAGGAAGCUUGUCAGGAGAGCACAGGCGGACUUGUUGGCAUUUUCUGAUGAGUGGAAAAGCUUGCAAGAACGAAAGACGUGGAUCGAUCUGGAGCUCAAAGAAAAGGAGCAGGAAAUGGAUGACCUACGAUCGGACUUUGAGAGCUUGCAGGUUUUCUCCGAGCUGGUCAGCGGAGAGCUCGCGACAGCCGACUGGGGUCAAGUUAUUGGGUGUCUGCAGAAAGCUCUCGAACUGAAAGCAACGACGUCAGAGAUUGCCGACAUUGCUGUCGCGGCUAUUCAUCCAUUUCUCCGAGAGCUAGAUUGGGACCCUCUUCAGGAGCCCACACGGUUUGCUUCAGAACUCAAGAGACUGUCCACCUUGCUCAUGCCGCCAACGUCGAAUGGCAAAUCUGUCAGCAAAUGGGAUUCCUUGGCGGUCAACACAGACGACAUAUAUCGCCGGCAUCAUAAAUCAACAACACCCUACGAAAGCAUGAUGUAUAAAAACUGGCUCCCAAAGGCACUUACCGCCGUUCGCUCUUGGGACGUUUACGAUCCAACCCCGAUGCUCAACAUCAUGGAGGCCUGGAACGACCUCCUACCACCCUUUGUCCGCGCGCAAUUCAUCGAUAAUAUCGUCCGGAAACUGGAAACCGCAGUGUCAGACUGGAAUCCAAAGAGCAGACGUCAAAGCCAUCGUCUACCGCACAUCUGGCUCUUCCCCUGGCUUCAAUACCUCCCGUCGUAUCACCUUGACCCCAAGGGAACCGGUCUCGUUGCGGAUGUCAGGAGAAAGUUCAGACAACUGAUCGACGUGUGGGAAUUCAAGAAGGGUCUCUUGCCUGGUCUUACACAAUGGGAGGGUGUCUUGGGAGACCAGUGGCGUCCGCUCGUCAUGUCCCACGUACUGCCCUCAAUGGGCAAAUACCUCAGUCAAAACUUCAGCAUAGAGCCUUCUGAUCAGGAGCCCACGCUCCCUGUCCUCACAGGUAUCCUUAAAUGGACACCCAUGCUCGGCCGAAGGGUCAUCGCCGAGGUACUCAUUCAGCAUAUGUUCCCCAAGUGGCACAAGAUAUUGAAAGAGUGGUUAUCGCUUACUGAUGUCAACCUGAGCCAGGUGGCAGAGUGGUAUGCAUGGUGGCGAGGGGCUCUGCUCAAGGAGCUCGCCGAGGUCAAGUCCGUAAAGGUCGAGUUUGACAAGGGUUUAAAGACCAUGGCGAAUGCCGUGGCAAGGGCAUAA